UAAACGCAUUAAUGAAAGGAGUAUCUAAUUUUAAACCAUGGGAUAUCCAUAUCCCGGUUUUAUCUCAAAUCUGAAAUCUCCCUUCAACGGUUCAACCAACUAAAGAUACCUUGCUUGAAAUCUAUAAAUAGCCGGCCUUCUUCAUUGCGUUCAAUCAUCGUCAACCAUCAAUGACAAUGGCUCUAUCAAUCUCCAUUUUCGCUCUUCUCCUCAUCACCUUUACCGUUGCUGUUGCUUCUACGGCCGACGUCGAUAGCAGCCUCCUCCUUAGCAGCAAUCAGAGAGAGUUCGAUUACUUCCAGUUAGCUCUUCAAUGGCCGGGCACCUACUGCCGGACUACUCACAAGUGCUGCCAGAAAAACGGCUGUUGCCGAAAUUCUGGUGCUCCUCAACACUUCACAAUCCAUGGUCUUUGGCCUGACUACAAUGAUGGAACUUGGCCUUCUUGUUGCACCAAGUCCAAUUUUGACGAGAAGGAGAUCUCAACAUUGCGCAAAGACCUAGAUGAGUAUUGGCCAUCUCUAAGCUGUGGCUCACCAUCAUCUUGUCAUGGACAUAAAGGAUCAUUUUGGGGACAUGAGUGGGAAAAGCAUGGGACCUGUUCUUCUCCAGUGGUAAAAGACGAGUAUAAUUAUUUCCGGACUGGACUUACCGUCUACUUCAAGUACAAUAUCACAGAAGCUCUGAGCGAUGCUGGAUAUGUGCCAUCAAACUCUGAAAAAUAUCCUCUUGGCGGCAUAAUUUCUGCUAUUGAAAAUGCUUUCCACAUAUCACCUACGGUAGUUUGCUCGGGUGAUGCUGUGAAGGAACUUAAUUUGUGUUUCUAUAAGGAUUUCAAGCCGCGAGAUUGUGCAACUCGCUCUAGAAUGGAUAAUUCAAAAACCUCCUGUCCAAAGUUUGUCAGCUUGCCAACUUAUGAUUCCUCAAGGCUUGGAAUUGUUGGAGCUUUAGAGUCAUUUGUGAUAUGAUAUUGAAGCUACACGAGAUGCAAUUGGGUUACCACUCAAGUGUUGGGACUGAAUCCUCUAGCAUCCCAAAUUUAUCUGCUAAGUCCUGCUAAGCAUUAUUCAUCACUUAAUCAGAUAUCAUACAGUCAUACUAUACCAGUUCUCAGAAGACGGGAUUCUCAUUCAUGUUUGUGGCAGACAUGCUGGAGAUUGUUGGCAUGUUCAAUGUUUUGCAUAUGCUCUCUUAUCUUGACAUUUACUACGAGUUUAUCUGCAUGUUAUUUACUGUGGCUCCGAAGUGAUGGCAUUACUUGUAGCUGGAACACAUUUAUCUAGUCAAUCUUUGUAACCUAAAGAAGAAGAGGCUUUAAAGCAUGUUAAUACCAAAUUUAACUGUAGCAAAUCAACAUUUGAAGGCAUACCUUCAUAGUUACUGUCAAUAAAAAUAUGCUCCUCUAUGCCCUGUUAA